CCUGACCAUAUAUUAGUCUCUCCGCGACUUCCGUUGGCACGUUGACAGAUACAUAAUCGAACCGGUGGUACAGCGAUAUCCUCAGAUGCUUCAGGAAGGCCUACUCAACCACAACGACUUCCUACACCUCUCAAGGUUGACUCACUCGAUCCUAAGAGGCCCGAAGAAUUCGAAAGAGAAGAAGCAAUUGGCCGUCACCUUCUUGUACCAGCUGAUUGGAGACUUGCAAGCUGGAAAAAUAUUCCCGCACCAUCAGGGCAUCAUGCAUCUGAUUAGCAUGCUGAAAGAGCGGGGGGAUUACGACGGAGGCAUACAACUAUGGACUUGGUUGUCCAACAAGAGCGGCGACUAUGUGAGCCCUUACGUAUACGGAGCUGCCAUCGAGCUGUUCACGUUACAUUCGCUCCACACUGGAACGGGUGCAAAGCUCUCUGAUCUCGAAAACAUGUAUGCAGAGGCCCUCAAACGGUUCCCUGGAGAUUUUGCACAAUACCAUCUCCAGCCAAACGCUAUACUGCCGGACCGAAGGGAGCUAGUUGAGAUGAAAGGAUUGCAUAUAACCCUUUUAGAGGGCAUCACAUACGCGAGACUGAUGUUAGGCGAGUGGAAAAGCGCAUACCUUGCGCUCGACACUGCUUUACGGCUUUUACCAACCCAAGCCCCGCUCCGUCUUUAUGAGAUGUUCAUCUUCAACCGACCGCUGGCGGAAACAUACAGGGUUUUCAUGAUAGCUUGCCGCUCCGGAAUAGAGAUUAGGUCGGACCUGCUCACCAUCAUGCUCUGUAAACUGACCGAUAGCAUGAAGAAAUCUGGCACUGAACUGAAGCUGAAUUCGAUUGGUGCCAUGCUCAAUGCAAUUGAGGCAUACACAAGCGGCGGCUACAAGCUCUCCCCUCCACAUCUCAGUCAACUUAUCAAGGGGUUUGAGUCAGUCCUAACAAAAGUACCUUUGAAGGCGGUCCCGAGGAUGGAAUUCAAGGAAGGGCUGUCCCAACAAAAGCUGCCCGAGAACGAGCUUGGAGACAAGGUGCAGAACGCCGAGCCCUCUACAGAGAGCCAAGAACGUCCACCUCCUGGCCGGUUCAAUCGAAACAUUGCUGAAAUAGCACGGGAAGUCAUCAUGAAUUUCCAUGCUAGUGGCGUUCCCGCAUCAGAUUCAUCUUUCGCCACCUUGAUUGGUCUGGCCGGAAGAGCAAGGUCAGCGGAAAUCCUCGGCCUCUCUAUCCUCGAUCUUCAAUCCAGCGGAGUAGAGCAGACUGAUAUUCUCCGCCGCAUUAUGGUGCUCGCUGCAGGCCAAAUUGGGCACCAGUCACUGCUCGAAACAACGUGGAAGAGUAUAGUGGAAGCCAGAAUGGCAGAAGGUGUGACUUUCGACUGGUUGGAUUGGAUGGCUCUAUCACGGGCUGCAAGAUACGAGAACCGCUUUGCUUUUGUCGAAGAGCAACUGGAAAAGUAUAAAGAGAUUACGCCAUAUGGCGUUCCAGAGAAGAUAAAGUUGGAGUUUGAGAAAAAGGGGGCAACGAUAAUAAUGCCGACGGAGGCGGAAGAGAAGAUGCUGGAGACCCGUUUGCCAGAGCUCAGAGCCCAAGCUCUAAGGAUAGCUGCCCAAAUCAAGGAACCAAGGCUCCGCAACUUGUAUGAAGAGCCGCUUCCUAAACUGCAGGCGCCGGUAUCGUCACCGAUUCCCGAGGACAUGCUUCGCACCAUCUACGACGAGUUGACGAAGGAUCCGCGGCAGCCCGAGAAACCGGAACCCGUCAGGGUAGCAGUCAGUCCUUCGGGGUAUCCGGUCGACGAGCUCCGCUUUGCCAACUGGAAAACGAUCAACGAGUGCAUUAUGGACGCAGCAUAUGCCGAAGAGCGGAGAAACCGGCUAAGGCAUUUGCUUGACACUGCGCCGGCGUCAGAGCGCUAUGGCGUGAGGCUGAAGCGGUUAAUCGAGCCUCACCUCGAUCCACGCCGUGUUCCGAAACUCACGGAGAAGGAACCGGCGGUCGAAGAAGUGACGUACACUCUGGAAUCGGCGAGAGAAGAAAUCCGGAAAAUGAGAGAUGUGGACUGGUCGCUGGAGGCUGGUUCAGGCAUAGGCUUCUAGGUAACCUGAAAGGUCCAACUUGCACGUCUUCCUUUUUGUAUAAUUACUCCCACAGAAGUGGUCCGGGCUUCAUCAGUUUCUACAAAGCCCGCAAGUCUCAAGCAAAUUGUAUGGUGGUCAUGCAUCAGUGGUACAACAAGCACAGGCGCAGUCAGCAGAAAGCUCAAAAGCCACACAAGUAGAGCAUAACCGCACAGCGGCUAAGAAACUCGACAUUAUCGUCUACUGAAAGUCGUGCGAGAAGAUGGUACAACAUACGCCGAUGGGACCAUCGGAGACGUCUCGCUAUGCGCCGAAACCAUGAGUGAUAAAAGUACAGCGCGACCAAACGCGGAAACCAUUUUUUGGCUAGCCCUCGCCAAAAUAGCAAAUACG